AUGCUGAAACAGUCAAGUGAAACUAUGACAAGACGUCUCUUAUCGACAACUGCUUUGAAAAGUGCUACUACUACAAAGACUAAUCAGAAAGGUACCAGGAGACGGAUGACUGAGUUCAGAGACGCUAUGAAUGUUGGUCCCUCAUUCCAGGAUUUUGUUAGUGGGAAAGCUGCUGAUUAUGUUUAUGACCCAUUAGAAAAGACUCGUUUAGCUAAUAGUAAUAAUCAAGAGAAAUUACCACAUUGGUUAAAAGUUCCUAUUCCAAAGGGUAAAAAUUUCAAUAAAUUAUAUAACGAUGUUAGUACACUUAAAUUAAGUACAGUGUGUCAAGAGGCUAGAUGUCCUAAUAUUGGUGAAUGCUGGGGUGGUAAAGAUAAAUCAAAGGCUACUGCAACUAUCAUGUUAUUAGGUGAUACCUGUACUAGAGGUUGUAGAUUCUGUUCUGUAAAGACGAAUAGAACUCCCGCUAAACCUGAUCCAAUGGAACCUGAAAAUACCGCAGAGGCUAUAAAGAAAUGGGGUUUAGGUUAUGUGGUACUAACUACGGUAGAUAGAGACGAUUUAAUCGACGGUGGUGCUCAUCAUUUAGCUAAGACUGUACGUAUGAUUAAAGAAAAGACUAAUAAUAAAAUUCUGGUAGAGACUUUGUCAGGUGAUUUUAGAGGAGAUAUGGAAAUGGUGGAUGUAAUGGCUAAGAGUGGAUUGGAUGUAUAUGCUCAUAAUUUAGAGACUGUAGAAGAUUUGACGCCCUUUGUUCGUGAUAGAAGAGCAACUUAUAGACAAUCAUUAGCUGUAUUGAAGAGAGCUAAGGAGACUGUUCCAACCCUUUUGACUAAGACUUCAUUAAUGCUAGGUUUAGGGGAGACUGACGAACAAGUUAUGCAAACUUUAAAAGAUUUAAGAGAAAUCGAUUGUGAUAUUGUCACAUUCGGGCAAUAUAUGAGACCAACAAAAAGACAUAUGAAAGUAGUAGAAUACGUUCAUCCAGAUAAAUUUUUAUAUUGGAAAAAUGUAGCAGAGAAGGAAUUAGGUUUCAAAUAUUGUGCAUCUGGUCCAUUGGUUAGAUCAUCAUAUAAAGCAGGUGAAUCAUUUAUUGAAAAUAUUUUAAAGAAACGUGACGCUAAUUAA